AUGGAAGUAGACUCCGAAGAUCAAGUUUUUGACCCACCGUUUGGUUUGAUCCCGCUUGUGUCUGAAGGGAUCGAGAACUUGUCUUACUCCAGAGAUUGUACUUGUGAUCAGUACUGUCCCAACUGCUCAGUCAAACUUGAGCUCACAGCGAAAUGUGACAGCGACUCGACCAUGAACGUGUAUGCUUCUGAUUUGGCCAAGUUUCACAACGGUUCCAGGCUUGGUGAUCCGGUUAUUAGAGACCCUGCUCAGAGAGGUCCUCUUAUUUGUAAGUUGAGAAAGCACCAGGAGCUUCGUCUUACAUGUAUUGCCAAGAAGGGUAUAGCAAAAGAACACGCCAAGUGGUCUCCAUGUUCGGCCGUUGGUUUCGAAUACGAUCCUUGGAACAAGUUGAAACACACAGACUACUGGUUUGAAGAGGAUGCCGAUGCCGAGUGGCCCAAGCUGGCAAACUGCGAGUGGGAAGAAGCUCCAGAUCCAGAGGCUCCGUUCGACUAUAAAGCCAAACCGGCCAACUUCUACGUGGAUGUCGAAACCGUGGGUAAUUUACCACCUAACGAGGUGGUGGUGAGAAGUAUAGAGGUGUUGCAGUUGAAGCUCGCUGGUAUUGCCGUGGAGCUCAAUAAGGACACAGUCGAAGCCAACAGCGCUGCUGCUGGCGGCUUCACUACAUACGGGCGUUCUCCGGGCGGCGGUGCUGGCAACUCUCCUGCAAAUGGGUAUGCCUACGGUGAAGGCUUCGGCAAUCUGGGUUGGUAA